CGUUGUGGCACGUGAUUCAGCACUUCUUCAGAACCUUUUCUUAAUUCUUCUGUUUUUACAACUUUUACAACUGACACUGUCACAACAGUAUAUACUAUAUUCUGAUGUUCAGAUUUGAUUUCGACAUCGACGACCCCGCAGACGACCUCGAAAUAUCGACCUCUACCCCUGCAAGCAAAGCGGCGGUGAAGGGUACAGAAAUCAAUCAGGAACCUUUCGCCGAGGUAUCGAUUCAGCAUCUCGUAGAUUGUCUGCCAUCGCUUAUUUCGUGCUCGCCGCUUUCAAUACCGCUGUCUUCUGGCGGCGAUGUGAUACUUGCACGGAGAGAUCUAUUUGAUGCACGGUUCCAGCUCAUAAACGAGGAAGUGGAUGACGAACAGAAGGAUAACUCGCCAGCAUUAAGCUUUCUUGAUGCACCUUCCGAUCUUGUUCAAGGUAUAUAUGAAGGAGGUCUGAAGACAUGGGAAUGCAGUCUCGAUAUUGUUGAUUAUCUGCAUGCAGAAAAUCCAACAUUCGAAGGUCGGCGAGUAUUCGAAGUCGGUUGUGGGACGGCGGUUCCGUCUGUGUAUAUCAUGCAGAAACUAUUUUCUGGUCUGCCCCACGGGAAGGAAACUCAGCUUCAUUUGCAAGACUAUAACGCGAUGGUCUUUGAGCUUCUUACCCUUCCCAAUCUUAUCCUUGCUUGGUACAUGUCGCCAGCUUCAAAAGCCUACCGUGAUGUGGCGACUACGAAUCUCGACGAGACCCCGUUGCCACCCGCCGACCCUUCCAUUCAUACAGAGAUUCCGAUAACACCAGAACUGAAGACGGCAUUUCUAUCAUCACUCGAAGCAUAUGCGAUACAGCUGCGAUUCUUCUCUGGAUCGUGGAAUUCCUUCGACCUUCAUCAAAGCGGUGGGGCGUACGAUAUCGUCCUCACAUCAGAAACCAUCUAUCGUGCGGAUAGUGUAGGGUCCUUGAUUGAUUUGUUGCAAUCAGUAUCGCCCACGGUGGACAGCUUGACAUCCCGACUGUCUAUCUCUGAUGGAGAGAAUAACUCGUCAUUCUUGUGUCUGGUUGCAGCUAAAAUUUUCUAUUUCGGGGUAGGUGGAGGCGUCACAAAUUUUGUCGAAGCUAUAGAAGAGAAGGAAGGAAGAGUAGAGACAGUUUGGGAACAGAAAGUGGGUGUUGGGCGGAAGAUUAUGAGAAUUCAAUGGCCAUAAGGUGGAUAGUAAUACAUUCUCGCUUUAUCCGGUGAUACUGCGUGGAUUUGGGGUGACGUAGUAAUAAAAUAUACUUCCUUCCUUCCCGAGUAAAUCUGAAUACACG